UUGUCCGGGUGUCAUACAUACAGAUCUAUAUAUGUUCACAUCAUAUUGCCAUAUCUUUCUUCUAUAUUUCAAAAACAAACGAAAGUGCAGCGGCAGUACUGUCUGCUCUACUUCCCCAUUUGAUUUGUUGUGAUUUCAAAUUCAAAAUUCAAAUUCAUAUCCUCUGAUUAGAUUCAAGCUCAUUUAAAUCUCAUUUCAAGCUCUCUAACCUCGCCCCUCCUGCUUCAAGUAAGUGCCCCUCUCCCUAUCUCUCCCUUCCUGAAUGUAUCUCUCCCUCUCUCCGGCUGUCUCUAUAUCUCUCUCUUUCUGUUUUUUCAUGUUUUCGUCCGACCGUCUCUCUCUUUCCCUGUCCAUGUCCCUCUUUAUUAGUAUGAUAUAUGGUAAUAUACAUGUACUACUUAGGCAGGUAAAUGACUCCGUCACAUAUUGUUUAUUAUUUUUUAUUUAUUUUUUUGUAGAUAUUUGAGUUUCGAUGUUGCAGCUGUUUGUUUUAUUUUUCAAUUCACAUCCUCUUAUGUAUUUAUUGAUGAACUUGAGGUAAUGUUUAUUUGGAAAGCUAAUCUUGAUAGGCGAUUUUACCAAUAUCCAUGAAGUGUUUGAUAAAAUGUGAAGAUUUGGGGGACUUUCUGUCUUCAUGUUUGGUGUGAGUGGAAUUGUGGAGGAAGGAAAAGACGAGGAGGGAACGGAAGGCAAAAAGAUGAGGAUGAGCUUGACAAAAGGCCUUGGGUUCAUCAUUGCUUCAAGUUGUUUCGGCUGAUGAUUUAGGACAUCAUGCGGGGUACUAUCAGAUUCAGCAUUCUCACGCUACUUAGAUGUUCUAUUUCUUCUUUGAAUCGCGCAAUAGCAAGAACGAUCCUGUUGUUAUCUGGCUGACUGGGGGACCUGGGUGUAGCAGUGAGUUGGAUCUUUUCUAUGAAAAUGGACCCUUCACUAUUGUGAAAAACAUGUCUCUUAUGUGGAACGAGCAUGGAUGGGACAAGGUAUUCAACCUUCUUUAUGUUGACCAACCUACUGGAACUGGCUUCAUGUGCAGCUCUGACAGGCAAAACAUUCGCCAUAAUGAAGAAGGCUUUAGCAAUGACCUGUAUGACUUCUUGCAGAAAAUGAGCUAUUUGAAAGAGCUGCAAGCUACGGACUACUGUCAAAUAUGAUAUUGUAUUUUAUAAUGGAUAACGGGAUGAGCUUGACAAAAGGCCUUGGGCUCAACAUUCUUCAAGUGUCUGUCAUUGCGUAAUUACUGUGUUAUUAUUGCUUAUAUGUUGUUUGUGUUUUCAAAUGUCUAUUUAAUUAUUAUUAUGUUCUCACAAAACCAAUACUAUGCUUAAGAUAUGCAUUUGCAUGAAGAAAUAGAUUAAAUCCAAGUUACAGGA